AUGAAACAGGCUGCCCACCUAGGACGCUCUGUCGUUCGUCCAGAAGAAAAUGGCCUCGAAAACAUGGUCUAUAACCAUGCAAAUGGGCGUGCCGAGACGUUCCGCAAGGAGUUUCAGCUACUAGACUUUGGAAACACAGGAUUGCUUUCCGAAGCAAGGUUUAAAGCUGCACUGCGAAAUGCUGGGUUUUCAGCGCCGGGGCACAUGAUCCAAAAAGCAAUAAAGAUGACUGCCAACUAUAAGGCCAACGCCAUCGACUACGAGAAGUUUCUUAGGAUAUGUGGUCUUGCAGAUAACGAAGCACGGCCUUCUGAUGAUCUUUCUAGGAUAGGGAAUAAUUCACUCAGCGUCAGCAAGAGCGGCUCUCCGAGGAAAAAGGCGCGGGGCCUCAGUGCAGAUCAUGACGUCUUGGAGAUGCCAGAUCAGUUCCUGACAUCAACAGAAAAUGCACUACGUCGCACCAUUGCGAAGGAAAACCAGUUGGAUGCUAUUCGGCCAGCUGGCGUGAGAACUCUGAAGACUCCUCCUUUAUCCCGUGCUGGCGAUUCUGCUGUCCCACUGUUGGCAUCUGCCUCAUUACAGGGAGCGUUGAAUAAGCAAGAGCUAGAGGGACCCUGUCGUCGACGCAGUCUAAGCUCCAAGGGUUCUGAAGGUCGCGUAUCUGACAAAACGUACCUGAAGCUGGAUGGGGCAGCCGGGACUGCUCAGAAAAUAUUUGCUGAUCACUUGUCAGCGAGAGGGAACAUCUCUAAGACAUUUAGGACGAGGUUUGACAUUAAAAACAGGGGAUACAUUGAUGAAAAGGACUUCAUCUUUGGGCUGAGGUACAGUGGGCUUCCAUCAGAGCUUAUAUCCGAUAAGGAGUCACUUGUACUUUUCACAGAGGCGACGAGACAUAAGCCGGAACCUAAGAUGACACUAGUAGACUUUGAAAGGCUGCUGACUCGAAUAGAAAAUAUUGAUACUGUUUCUUGCUUCGAUUUAAGCCGAGAUAGGGGGCCUGGACAUGACUCGGAGUCUUGUUUCAUGGGCGAUGAUUACAGGGAGGUUGCUAAAAGGGUGAGCAAGGGUACUGCUGACAUCGAGCGGGAUAUCGCUCUUAUGGAGCAAUAUCCUGAAGAAUUGGAGCAGGAAAUAGAAGAGCACAGACGGCAGACAGGUAGAUCUCACCGCGAAAACCCACAAUUACCAGCGCACAUGCCUGCAGCGAGACCAGAGUUGGAUGCAGAAUCUGACCAUGUUCAAUCAGAGCAGUCGUUUCGAUUUUCUACUACAGAUGGAUCUAAUGUUUCUCAGUAUAGCGGGAGUUCUUACAGGACAACAGACACAAAUGACCGUGUGCCUUUGAUCCCUCCAUCCGUUCCUGACAGUGUGCUAGUGGACACACUCAAACGUAAGAUACAGGUAGCCAUAGAAAACAAGUAUCCCAGCAAGCAGGCAGCAAUGGUGGCAGCUUCUAGUCCUAGCAGAUCUAUCUCCGAUGCAUCUGUCUUCCAAUUUUUACACAGGCUGCUUCCCGAUGCAACAGAUCAUCAGAUAAGGCUUGUUAUGGAGCACGUACAAGGCAACGAUGCUGCACAACACUCUUCAGAGCACAUGGGCAUUGAUGCAGAUUCAUUGCCUCGUCAGCAGAGCUGUUCUAAAAGCGACGCAUUCGAGACUUCUACAAAGAACAUCCCCAUAGACUCGGCUGUAGAUAUAACUACUAUGAGCAAGAAGCGCUCUGUCAGCGCUAGAGCAAACACCUAUUCGGAUCUUUUUGCUCCACCAGAUGAGGAAUGCUCCAGAAGAAGACGAGAAGAUGACGCCAUAUGGGCAAAGGUCAUGGAAUCGAAAGCUAUCGCUGAGCGUGCUACGGAGGAUGUGGCCGCUUCAACCCCUGUUGACACAUCUGUAUCAAUGCAGCCGCAGCCGCAAGCGCAACAGCGACAGUCGAGUAGGCGGUAUUCGGAGGGGACCAGACAGGAUCACAUCUCUGUCAUAAUGAAUCCCAAGGCUGACACAGGCUACAGGGCUCCUUCCUACACAGGAAUGAGCACUGCCAACACCCAUAAGAAGUGUGAUUCAAGCGGCUUAAUGGGUGCCAUUACCACCAGUGUCACUCCUCAGAGUCCAUCGGAAAGAAAGGCCAACCGCCGUGCCAAGUCAAGCGUGGAUACUCGCAGUAGGUACAAUUCUGAAGCGCUGGAAGCAACUAUAAAGCACGUACAAGAGCCGGUAUCUGGCACACCUCGCGGAUUUCAGAACAUAAAGAAGUCGCUACUUGAAGGCAUGCACGGCAAAAAGGUUGCGCUUGCUGAGUGUAUUGUCACAGCUGCAGCGAAGUCGAAAGAUGCCUAUGACUUUCGCACUUUCAUAUCAGACUUCACAAACAAGCAGCUUGACAAUAGACAACUGGACACUCUUGUUCGCUGCUCACUCGAUCCAGACACCCAGAAGAUCUCUGCUGAACGGGUUCUUCGCAAUCUAAAUCUCACCACAGAGGGUUUGUACAAUCUUCCAACUAUAUCCCAUGCAUCUGGUGACCUAUCAGAUGGGAUGGUUCUGCAACCUGCGUAUAGGCAGAGCCUGUCAAAGACUCAGUCAGCGCGUUCGGGAUCGGCGGCCUCAGUUCUUCAUGGCACAGUGUUGGAGAGUUACAUCAACAAUGAGUCUUGCAUAAAGACUCCGCAAAUGAUUGAAGACUUUGCUCCGCGAGGGAAGUAUGAUCGGUUUGUUAACAGGCAAGACAACACAUCAAGCCGCUAUGAGAAUAGCACAAAUCCACAUGAUAAGGCGCGUACCACCGUGCAAGAGCAAAUGACGAAAUCUAAUGUAUUGGCCUGCUAUGAAACUGUUUCUUCCAAAGACAUUAUCGAGGAUAGAACCUCUGCCGUUGCCAUGCCAACCUUCAACUCCCACAGGGUGCAGGAUGCUAUGACUACCCUGGAUCAGUCUGCACAUAGAAACGCGCUAGCGUGUGCUGACCAGGAGUUUUAUAGUAGGACCGGCUCCCGACCUCGAGCUGAUUCAACUAGAAGAGAAAGUGACGCGUCUGCAUCACAUAGCAUAAUGGACGGUUUCAGCCGUAAAUCUAUGGAUGAUCCCGACGCCAGAGUAGUGCGGCGUCACUCAGACAUCCGUCAGCGGCAUACAGACAUCUUUGGGGCGCCAGAGGCCAGCAACUUUCAUACCAUGGGCUCCAGCAAGAGACAUUAUCACACGGAACGGACGAAUGACAGGAGUGUGGUUGGCUUAGAGAUAUCCCAGGUUGAAGAUGGAGGCCUGACAACAAGUGUUGAGGCUACCUCAUACCGCAGGCCCCACAGCGCUGCUCCAUCCAGCAGAGACAUUACUGCAUUUGAGGGGCUCACUGAAAAGGGAUCUGAGUAG